AUGACCCCAAAAUGUCAAGAUCCGGCGCCUCCACAGCUAUCUACCCAGGAGCGGACCGCUCGUCAUAGUCGAGGCCACAUCUCGGUUCACCAGGUCACAGCAGCGCAAGCGGCAACAGAAAGACCAACCCAACCCGGUCAACAUCGACACCCGCACACGUACGAGUCCCAGCGGGGAUCGCAGGUGAUACUGGAGUUUGCGGACCCGACGGCCAGCCCUAUGGUCAGUCCCAACGUCGAACGCAAAGCCGCACUCCCGCCCACACUGCGCCACCAGGUCUCCGGUCCAGCGCGUUUUCCGCCCAGCGUAGACAGGAUGCAGCCGCCCCCGCUCAGCCGCGCAAUAAGCUGGAGCGGCGUGCUGAAGCGCCAGAACAGCUGCAGCGGCUCCCCCGCACUGCUCACUCCGUCCGUUGGCUCCGACCGAGCCAAUGGUCCAGGGCAGACGAGGUUGCAGGCUACAUUCCAGGCCAUCAAGAACAUUGGCGCCGGGUUCGCUAGUCCGAGGAUCGAUUACAGUAUGGGCAAGAAGAACGAAGGCGCCGAUAGAGGUCUGGGGUACUUUGAUGUUGAUGAGGCAGCGGAGAGCUGA